ACGCCCAAGUGACGCGCCCGAAAGCCUUUGCGGUGCUGUUGGUUGUUGUUGUUCGAUAGCCGGGAACUGGUUGGUUAGGCAUGUGACCCGACAGCUGCACGUGAUUCUAGAACUCCCGGAACUCUCGAGGGGAACGAUGCCUAAAGAGCUGAUUCUACACUCAAGUUCUACACUCAGACCUAUCAACACAUUGAUAGAGAAGAAGGCAAUUAAACACCCCAAAGAGGCCAUCUACAACCAGUUAAUAGAAGGGUGGGUGGCGAGACAGUCUCCAGAAUAUUGCUGGAAAUGUACCGGGACAUUCUUGAUAAGAAUCUGCUACCAUCUACCAGGCUGCUGAAGAUGAAACGAGGGUGGACAUUUCAGAAAGACAAUGAUCCCAAACUCACAAACAAGGAAACUCUCAGUUGGUUUCAGUGGAAGAAAAUAAAGCUGCUACAAUGCCACAUUCAAUCAUCCAACUUAAAUCCAAUUGUAGAUUAAUGCAAAGAACUGAACAUCAGAGUUCAAAGAAGAGGCCCCAGAACCUUUAAGAUUUGAAGACAGUUAGUAUGGAAGAAUGGGCCAAAAUCACACCUGAACAAUGCAUGUGACUAGUUUCUCUAGACAGGAGGUUUUUUGAAGCUGUCAUUACCAACAAAGUAUUAAAUACAUUUCAAUUAGAAGCUCCUCCUGAGGACUUUCUGUCGGCUGGGAUUAUGUGUGAGACAAAGUGACUGUACCCUGCUAACCCAAGGAGUGUGUCUGAUAAGGAUUCUAAGGACAGGAGAGGCGAUUUUUGAAUUUCAAAAUUCUUCAGUUCCACGCCACCAGCAGUCAUGGCAGGAGAAAUAACAGAAACAGGGGACCUCUACUCUCCAUUUGUCGGCCUGGUGUAUAUGUUCAACCUUAUAGUUGGCACCGGUGCCCUCACCAUGCCAAAAGCCUUUGCCAAUGCUGGCUGGCUGGUUAGCCUAAUCCUUAUUAUCUUUCUUGCAUUUAUGAGCUAUAUGACAACCACUUUUGUCGUGGAAGCAAUGGCCGCUGCCAAUGCUCAGCUGCGAUGGAAGAGAUGGGAAAAGGAGGAGGAUCCUGACUCAUCAGAAAGCUCUGAUAAUGAAGUUUCCUCUUCCAGAGGGUACAACAGAUCUGAGACCCAGCCUAUCCUCUCAGUGCAACGUCGUGGCUUAUCUGACCCUUUUGAGAUUGUGGAGCGUGUGGAAAUGGGCCAGAUGGCAUCUUUGUUCUUUAAUAAAGUUGGAGUCAACCUGUUUUAUUUUUGCAUCAUUAUAUAUCUGUAUGGGGAUCUGGCUAUAUAUGCAACGGCUGUACCUCUGUCUCUGGUGCAGGUUACGUGUUUCUCUGCAAAUGGGUCUUGCUCAGCCCAGGCAGAAGAACGGAAUGACACUGAUCCAUGCUGGGGACCUGUCCGACGCAUUGAUGCCUACAGGAUCUAUUUGGCCGUCUUCACAUUGCUUCUUGGCCCCUUUACUUUUUUCAACGUGCAGAAGACAAAAUACCUCCAGAUCCUGACCUCGCUCAUGAGGUGGAUCGCAUUUAUUAUCAUGAUUGUAAUUGCUCUGGUUCGGAUUGGUAAAGGGGAAGGGGCCGGCCAUCCCCCACUAGCGCAAGUAUCAGGGAUCAGGAACCUGUUUGGGGUCUGUGUGUACUCCUUUAUGUGCCAGCAUUCCCUGCCUUCUCUGAUCACCCCUGUAUCCAAAAAGAAGCACCUGACUGGACUCGUCCUUCUGGACUAUUUCCUGGUGCUAGCCUUCUACAGCCUGCUGUGCUUCACAGCCAUAUUUUGCUUCAGCUCUGGGGCCAUCAUGGAUAUGUACACCCUUAACUUCGGCGGCUGCAGCCCCUUUGUCCCCCAAGUUAUUGGCUACUUCCUUGGACUCUUUCCAGUCUUCACCAUCAGCACCAACUUCCCCAUCAUUGCUGUGACGCUGCGUAAUAACUGGAAAACUCUCUUCCACCGAGAUGGGGGAACAUACCCGUGGCUGGUUGACCGUGUAGUCUUUCCCCUCAUUACACUGGUACCCCCUAUAAUUGUGGCCUUUUGUACCAACCACUUGGAAAUCCUGGUUAGUAUCACAGGUGCUUAUGCAGGGAAUGGCAUCCAAUACGUCAUCCCAGCCUUCCUUGUCUUUUGCAGCCGGAAAGACAAUGCUUUGGUAUACGGUCCUGGACUCACCAAUAAGCACAUUUCCCCAUUCAGACAGGUGGGCUGGGUGUGGUUUGUGCUGUGCUGGGCACUUACAUGUUUCAUCUAUGUCACAGCCAAUAUCAUCCUAACGGAUGGCUCACUGUAAUCAAAAAGAGACUUUUAUCCCCCAUGCACAAUCAAGGGUUUGGCCUGUGCUGGACACAGGAGUUGGAUAAGGGCAUCUACUAAUGUGGUCUCUCCAGUCAUGGGGCAGGCCCCUCAAUAAGUGUAACUUUGCUGCUAUCACUCCCUUAUUUAACAUUUUAACUCAUAUCUGGAGAGCCGACAAACUGUGUGUAACAAAUACUGUCCUAUUCCCCUCCAGAGAUGCCUCUCUCUUUUUCUCUGUGCCUUUCCUUAAAUACUCACAGGACCACCAGGAUAUGCCCCCUGAGUUUCCACUGUUUUCCCGAGGUUCUCGGGGGGGAAAUGGGGCCUGGUUGUGGCUUCCAUAAGGGAUUCGCACUGCAUUUGCUGUGGCCAAGCUUAUGGCUAAGGGUUAGCUUAAUACAGGCUUGGGCAACUUCAGGCCUUCCAGGUGUUGUUGUACUAUAACAACAUCAUAUGUAGGGACUGCUUAAAGGGGAACUAAAGCCUAACUGAAGAAGUAGGGCAGAAAUGUUGAACAUUAUGUUUUGGGCUUCUGUACCAGCCCAUGGCAACCACAGCCCUUUAGCAUUGAAGAUCUGUGUCUCCAAA